UACCAAGAAGUUUCUUCAAUUAAACACGUACCAUCUUCACAUUCUACCUUAAGCUUUUUUGAUAACCCCUUUUCGCCGUCACGAACUUCUGAUACCCUUUUUUCGAAACCAUGGGCAUUAAUACACGGUGCUUCUGGUAUAGCCAAGCAUACCAACAAAUUUGUAUCCACCGCUAAUGACAAACAAUAUUUUAGUGUUUGUUGCGGAGAAGAUAGCGUUGCAGAUGGUGUUGGUAGUUGGCGCAAUGUCGAUUCCGAUAAAUUUUUAGCAAAUUCAGCCUUGUAUUCCCGAAAGUUGAUGCAUUAUGCGUAUACAGAGCUUGAAAAACAUGAUAAUAUUAAGGAUGUUAAUCCAACGAAGAUUAUGCAAGCAAGCUAUGAACAGAGUAUACGUGAUUGUACAUUAGAGGGAGUCGUUGGUUCUUCGACAGCACUAAUAGCAGUUUUACGAGAUGAUGAACUUCGGAUAACAAACAUUGGUGAUUGUGGAAUAUGUAUUAUUCGUCAUAAUAGUGUAAUAUUCAGAAAUGAAGAACAGCAGCACAGCUUUAAUUAUCCUUUUCAGUUAGGGAUUUAUUCUUGUGAUAAACCCAAAGAUUCUCAAGAAUUUACGGUUAAAGUUCAAAAGAGAGAUGUGGUAGUUAUAGGGUCUGAUGGCAUCUUUGAUAAUUUAUAUGAAGACGAUAUACUUGAAGAAAUUACAAAAUUUACUCAUUCCCAAGGUGAUGAUCCUCAAGUAAUUAGUGAUGCACUUGCAUGGCGCGCUAAAGCUGCUAGUGAAGAUGUUAAUAAUGUAAGCCCUUUUCAAAGUCGUGCUAUGCAAGAAGGAUUAUACUAUCAAGGCGGAAAAAAAGAUGAUAUAAGUGUUCUGGUUGCUGUUGUAGUGUGA